CUGACGCGGGCGGGCGGAAGGCGGAAGUGAUGGCGGCGGCGCGGCGGAGCGGCUAGGCGGUGCGGAGCGGCGAGGAGCCCCGGGCCGACAUGGCGGCCCGUCUCGGGGGCUGGCUGUGCCUCUGCGGGCUGCUGGCCGUGCUGGCGGGGCUGGGCGCUCAGGCUAAGAAUUCGGAGGACGUCCGAUGUAAAUGCAUCUGCCCCCCUUACAAAGACCACUCGGGCCAUAUCUACAAUAAAAACGUUUCGCAGAAGGACUGUGACUGUCUUCAUGUGGUUGAGCCUAUGCCUGUCCCUGGACCUGAUGUAGAAGCAUAUUGUUUACGUUGUGAGUGCAAAUAUGAAGAGAGAAGCUCUGUCACAAUUAAGGUUACAAUCAUCAUAUACCUGUCUAUUUUGGGCCUACUUCUUCUAUACAUGGUGUACCUUACACUAGUGGAACCUAUACUGAAGAGACGUCUCUUUGGACAUUCACAGCUCAUACAGAGUGAUGAAGACAUUGGGGAUCACCAGCCAUUUGCAAAUGCUCAUGAUGUGUUAGCUCGUUCUCGGAGUCGUGCCAAUGUAUUGAACAAAGUGGAGUACGCCCAACAGCGCUGGAAGUUGCAGGUCCAAGAGCAACGCAAGUCUGUUUUUGACCGUCAUGUUGUGCUGAGUUAAUUCUCUCAGCAGUAACUCCAAGAAGUAAAGCAGACUAAGUGAAAGAACUGAGUUCUGUCUUCCUGAACCUACCACUUCAAAAGGGUUUUCUUCAAUGAUUCUUUUCUGAUUUGAAAAAAAAUAUAUAUAUAUAUAUAAGUAUUUAAAAUUUGAAAGAAUGUACUGAAGUGGAAGCAGUUAAAAGAAAUUAGUUAACCAAAAGCUAGAAAUCUUCACAUUUUCAGUUGUCUCUUACUAAUAAAACUGAAAAGAAAACAAACCCUGAGAUAGCUUGCUUUGUUUGCUACUGUGGUACCUUAUUUACAGUUGUGACUUUAUGGUGAUUUUUAACUGUAUAUUUCUCUUUAUUAUUUAUGUGGUUAAAAGUACCUGGGAACACAGUAACUACUUACAACUCACUAAUUGCUUUAUGUAAAGACCUUUUGUAAAUACACUUGGAUUUUUCUGCAGGCUGAUGCUAGGUAUCGGAAAUUGAAACCUUGCAGUGCAGUUUUCAUGUCAGAGAUUGAAAUUUUGAUUGGCUGUAUUCAUCAUUUGGUUUCUUGCACUUGUACUUUUCAAGAUGCUUGUAUGUCAGGUGGUGUUUGCAGAAAUAAGGCAGAACUUAAAUGGACACUGACUCUUUGAACUGCACACUUGAAGGACUGUGAUGUAGAUAAACUCAAAUGCAGUACACUUCAAGACAGUGUUGACAUUUUGUUCUAUUCUGCUUUAAAAGCGUAAUAUAUUGUAUGUGUAUGAUACCUCUUUUAAAAGAAAUCUUCCUCUCUUUUCAUGGGUAAAGUCUCAGGAGUUAGUAUAUGAUGAAAUAUUUAUUAUAAAAAAUCUUUCUGCAUCUAUCUGGAUUGAUGGUAUAAGGCACAUAAUUUCUUGAGCACCUGUCAUCUUGGGAGUUAGGUGUAUUUUUCUAUCUGUGGUUCUGUGUUCAUCUCUCUUAAGAGGCAUACAGUUGCUAGAUGACUAACUUUCGUAUAUCCUCUUUGGAAUGUAACAAUUAAAACUGAUUUUUGAAAAAUG